AUGCUAAGAACAAAAACGACUAUUUUAUCGAAUACAGCUCGACGUCAUUAUCGUUCUUCCACUAUUCCAUGGUUUAAUUGGGAACAAGUUGCUGCAUUACCUUGUUUUAGUAAACAACAAUUAGAUAUACAUCAAAAACAUUAUCAAGCCUGCGAAAAUAAUUGUGAUUAUUAUAUUGAUCCAUCGACGGGUUAUCAAGUUAAAACACGUUUAGAACAUUUGAAACGAGGCUCUUAUAUAAAUAUACUGUUAGUGUCCGGGCAUGAAAUAUCAAUACCAUCAUCUAAUAACAAUGAUUCAUCCAGUGAAAAAGAAGUAUCUUCUCCGCUGUCAAUGAGUCUGUCAUCAUUACACAAAACUAGAACGUAUACAAAUUUUUUACAAAAUGCAACUACAACAGCACCAACUACAAUAAAUGAUCAAGGAUAUUUAUCUUCAAGUGAACGUCGUUACUCUGACGAUGAGAUUUGUUUCCCUCUGGACGACUUCCCAGAGGCUCAAAACAGAAGAGAUACAUCGUCAUCAUCUGGAAUAGAGGGUGAUAUAGCAACCAGUGAAAUUGAUUUUUCAAUUGGAUUUGAUGUAAUGGACGACAAUGAUUUAAUAUCUCUGGAUGAAAAUGAACAAUAUGUAGAUUCUUCUGAUGAGUCAAACGUUGUCGAUGAUAGAAAUGAAUUUGGACGUCCUUAUUUUCAACAAAAGUUACAAAAAACAGAUUAUGAUGUUGAAGAUGACAAUGAACGACAAACAAGAACUGAAUUUCUAAAUUCCUUUAAUUCAUCUACGAAUACAUUAUCUGCUAAUCAUUUCUCUCUAUAUGCGGAUGAAAACACUGACGAAACAAAUAAUAUCUGUCGAUCAAAAUCUAUUAGUAUUACUCAUUCAAGUGGACGACAAAAAAUAGCUAAAAAUGUAUCAAAAAAAGUUGUACGAUUUGCUGACGUUAUGGGUUUAGAUUUGGAAUCUGUUCGUUAUAUGACACCACCGGAUCAAUCCAUACUCUCAAUAAUUCAUGAUUGUAUCAAAACAAAAUUGGAACAAUUAAAAAUUAUUCGAAAUGAUGUAUCAAACAAUUUUUAUUUAAAAUCAAAGUCAUUUAUACAGCCUAUCAAUGUUACUCAACACGUUUAUGAUCGACAAGUAUUAUUAGAAUAUUUAUAUACAAAAGAUUUGUCAGCAUUUGGUACAAUUCGUGUUAAUAAUAUUUGCUAUGAAAAAUAUGUAUUUGUUCGAUAUACUCUAGAUAAUUGGUUGACAUAUAAUGACCUUUCAACAAUUUAUAGUCAAUAUAAUCGAGAUGAUAACACUGAUUCAUAUAUAUUUGAGCUCAAAGUACCAGACGAAGUUUUAUCAUCAACACCUCCACCGACAACUAUUUUAUUUGCUGUAUGCUAUUCGACAACGAAUCAAGAAUAUUGGGACAACAAUUUUAACUGCAAUUAUCAAAUUGAAAUUCAUCAACAUUAA